AAGCUCAAAGGCACAACCAUGAAAGAUCCAAGUCGUAGGAGUACUAGUCCAAGCAUUAUCAGUGAAGACAUGAUCAUGAAUGGUCACUCUCAUGAAGAUGAUAAUCCGUUUGCAGAAUAUAUGUGGAUGGAAAAUGAAGAGGAAUUCAACAGGCAGAUUGAAGAGGAAUUGUGGGAAGAAGAAUUUAUAGAACGUUGCUUCCAAGAAAUGCUGGAAGAAGAGGAAGAGCACGAAUGGUUUAUUCCAGCGAGAGAUCUUCCGCAAACGAUGGAUCAAAUUCAAGACCAGUUUAACGAUCUUGUUAUCGGUGACAGUUCGUCACUGGAAGAUCUGGUG